AUGUUUCAUCUGUUAAGUGGCUGGAAGUUCUAUAGUUUGCUCAUUUUGAUUGGAGGAAUAACGAUAUUUUAUUACAUUUUAAAGCGCGUUUAUUCUUAUUUUGAUCGAAAUGGUUUCAAAACACUUCCUGGCGUUAGCUAUGUAUUUGGACAUCUGGGACCAACAUUUAUACAUAAGGAACCAUAUGAUCAGCUGAUGUUGCGAUUAUAUAAUGCCACAACGGAACCAAUCAUUGGACUGUACGGAAUCCUAAAUCCAAUACUAAUGGUGCGUGAUCCAAAGCUCAUUCAAUUGAUUUUGGUCAAAGAAUUUUCAUAUUUUACUGACCGCCGACGAUCAUCGAUGAACGAUCCCCGUGGUUCAUCCUUAUUAUUUGAAGUUGGACAGAAAUGGAAAAAACAACGAUCAAUAGUCUUGAGAAGUUUAACAUCAGGGAAAUUAAAGGAUGUAUUUUCAACAAUUAUUAAUUCUGGAGUGAAAUUGCAAGAUCACAUAGAGGAAUUAUAUAGAAAAGGCGACCUGUUUAAUGUCCAAAGUGCAUCAGCAUGCUAUACAACAAAUGUAAUGGCAUCUUUCGUUCUCGGUAUUGACGUAGAUACAAUCAAAGAACCAAAUUGUGAUUUUCCACCCAUUACAACGUCAAGAGUUAUAACAUUUUGUUUAUAUGAAUUGGCCAAAAAUCGUGAAUAUCAAGACCGUGUCCAAAAUGAAAUUGACAAUGUGCUACAAAAUCACAAUGGAACAAUUGAUUCAGAUUCCAUUUUAGAGAUGCAGUUUCUGCAGCAAUGUAUUUACGAAACGUUGAGAAAAUACCCGGUGGCCACAAACAUAGCUCGUCAUUGUGUUCAAGAUUUUAGAAUACCGGGGACAAAUCAAGUCAUCGAGAAAGGCACCGAUUUGAUAAUUCCAGUAUAUGGCUUACACAUGGACGAGCAAUUCUAUGAGGAUGCAAAAACUUUCAAUCCAAAUCGAUUCAACAGUGAUGUGGGCAUGAAUCAUGUGAAUAGGCCAUUUUAUCCGUUCGGUGGUGGACCUCGUAAAUGUAUUGGAAUGCGAUUGGGACAAAUGCAAGUAAAAGUCGGGCUAGCAAUGAUGUUGCAGAAAUUUACAUUUCAUUUGAAAGAAAACAAUGAGGAAAUGACUAUUCACCCAAAAUCGUUUCGAAUUACACCUGGUCAUGGAUUUGAGUUGCGCAUAUCAAAACGCUAA